GCCACAGGAGGAGGGAGCGCAGCAAGAUGGCGUCGGCCGGGACCGAGUCGGGAGGCAGCAGCGGGAGCAGCGGCGGCCUGGCGGGAUCAUCUACUUUCAAAAAAUCACUCACCCCAGAGAUGCCAGGUUCUUCUGGACAGCCAGGCUCACAGACGAUAAAGAAGGGGCACAGAGGAGUGGAUUCCACAGGGGAGACUACCUACAAAAAGACAACCUCAUCUGCCUUGAAAGGUGCCAUUCAGCUGGGCAUUACACACACAGUUGGAAGCUUGAGCACCAAACCCGAAAGAGAUGUUCUCAUGCAAGAUUUCUAUGUAGUAGAAAGUAUUUUCUUCCCAAGUGAAGGGAGUAACCUAACCCCAGCUCAUCACUACAAUGACUUCCGGUUCAAAACCUAUGCUCCAGUGGCAUUUCGUUAUUUCCGGGAGCUGUUUGGGAUCCGACCGGAUGACUACCUGUACUCACUCUGCAAUGAUCCGCUCAUUGAACUUUCAAACUCUGGGGCCAGUGGAUCCCUCUUCUAUGUAUCCAGUGAUGAUGAAUUUAUCAUCAAAACAGUUCAGCACAAAGAGGCAGAGUUCUUGCAGAAGCUGCUACCUGGCUACUACAUGAACUUGAACCAGAACCCAAGGACGCUGCUACCAAAGUUCUACGGCUUGUACUGUGUCCAGGCCGGGGGCAAGAACAUCCGCAUUGUCGUGAUGAACAACCUACUGCCACGCUCUGUGAAAAUGCACCUCAAGUACGAUCUGAAGGGCUCCACCUACAAACGCCGAGCGUCCCAGAAGGAGCGGGAGAAGGUCUUCCCAACCUACAAAGACCUGGAUUUUAUGCAGGACAUCCCGGAUGGCCUGUUCUUAGACUCUGACAUGUAUAAUGCUUUAUGCAAAACAUUACAGAGAGACUGUUUGGUCCUGCAGAGUUUUAAAAUCAUGGAUUACAGUUUGCUUGUGGCAAUCCAUAACAUUGAUCAGGCGCAGAGAGAGCAUGCGUUGGCAGAUGGGACAUCCCAGACUGAUACACGCCGACCAGCUGCCCAGAAGGCCCUCUACUCCACAGCCAUGGAAUCUAUCCAAGGAGAGGCGCGGCGAGGUGGCACCAUAGAAACAGAUGACCAGAUGGGAGGCAUUCCAGCCCGCAACGCAAAGGGGGAGAGACUGCUUCUGUACAUUGGCAUCAUUGAUGUGUUGCAGUCCUACAGAUUUAUCAAGAAGUUGGAGCACUCUUGGAAAGCCCUUGUACAUGACGGAGACACUGUAUCCGUGCACAGGCCCAGCUUCUAUGCUGAAAGGUUCCAACGGUUCAUGUGCAACACAGCGUUCAAGAAAAUACCAUUAAAGCCUUCUCCUUCUAAGAAGAGCCGGUCUGGCACAGCAGUUCCUCGGAGGAGCUGUCAAGGAGGAGUGCCUUCUCUGUCACACAUGUCCUAUGAGACAAAAGCACAAGUAACAACAGAAGUGGACGUGGAACAAGGUUCCCACCUUGGUCGUCCAGAUCUCCUGCCCAGGACGCUGCCGGUAGAUGAAGCUAACAGCGAUUCUGUUGCAACGACCCUGUCCACCUCUUCCUUGGGCAGUGGAGGCCUCAACUCGCCUGCACAUAGGUCAGUGGGCGUACAAGUGCAUAAAGCUGACAGCUCAGCAAAGGAUUUGCCUAGAACAGCUCCCGGCAUCUUCUUGUCUAGUGGUUCCCCAGGGCCUUCCAUACCAGAGCACUCCUCAGAACUGAGAGAACAGUUUGAAGACCUGCAAGAGACGGAGAUAAGCUUUUGAAGCAACACCGAGAUGGUUGUGAUGGAAGCAGAUUGUUCUGCGCUCUGCGUGGCCUGUGGAGUCUGACAAACGUUCAGCCCCUGUUGCUGAUUUAUUUUAUUUUAAUAGAAAUUUUAUCUGGACAGAGACCUAGAAGCCGAAAGGCUGGGCUACACUUAGUGGGAUAGUAUUAACAACGCCUGAGUGAGCCCAGCUGAGCCUCGGACGCCCGGAAGCCUCCUUGCAGCAGGGUCCUCAAGGUGUGACUGUGUAUCUGUGCUGUCCUCCUUUCCCUGAGGCCUGGCACGAGCAAAGCAGGCUGUCGAGGGGAGGAGGAAAUGCUCUGCAUGGGCUCAAGUCCUCUGGAAAAGGGAUUGAUCUGACUUUCAGGGAGUUAGCUGCUUACGAUGCCAGCAUCACAGACCUGGCCAGAAUGAGCAACUCUUUGAAGAGCCCUGGGGGGAAACGGGCCUUAAAGCCUUGUUGGGGCAGUUUGCGACAGAGCAAUGUGGUUUUAUUUUGUAUUUUAAAACAUGUAUUUAAUUUAAAUGUUCCUUUGAAUGCAGUCAUAUCAACUUCUUUUUAGUCCUGCAAUAUAGUCACUUUUUUCUUUCUUUUUUUUUUCAAUAAAUAGUGUUCGAUGCAGUGAACACUGCUCAGUGUUCCACCACAAAAGUAUCCCACGUGAGAACGGCAGAAAAGGGGGAGUGGAAGCUAUAUUGGCCGCCGAUGAGCUUUCUUUUCCCCCCUCUGCCAGCCAUCCUUGGUUGCAGGAUUCUCAACUUGCCUUGUCCUGAGACAGCGACAUGGAGAGCUAGGUGCUUCACUGUGGUGUGUUCCUCAGAGGACUUUGAAUGUGUAAAGCUUUUAAGAUGUCAGGGAGAUUUUUUGGAUUGCUUUGUCCCCUGUUUUUUAGAUUUAACCUUUUAUCCCUUCCCAGUUCCCCGCAAAGGGGAGAGCUUUGUCAGGGGCACACUUUUCUUAAGCCUUCAGUAUUUCCUAAGCAAACGGACCAAACCUAGCUCGCUCGGUUCCCUCCCCUUGCCCUCCGCUCUGCUGUCGCGCCCUUUUGUGGGAAGCACUUGCAAAAACCUCGCAGUUUUUAUAGCUCGGCUCCCUUUUGAUAACUCGUAUCCUCGCCAGCGUCGUGGAGCCGUGUUUUCACACCAGUGCUCUCGAGAGCUUGAAAUUGAGAUUCCUACAUAACUGGCUUCCUGCUCCAUGCGUUGCGGCAGAUUUUUUUUUUUCUUGCCUCUGCAAAAGUGCAGUGUGCCUCGAGCCUGAGGACGCUGGGGGCUCGUGUCUGAUUUAAACGACACAAUACUGAAAGGAGGCGUUGUUCUGUUGUUGCGUUGCCGUUGCGCGCGUGCAAGGCUGGGGUGAUGCCUCGCAGACGCUGGCUGCAGACACUUAUCUAGAGAUCUCAGAGCAAACGUUGGCCUGAUCUUUAUUUUCACUAAAUGCUUUUUUUUUUUUUCUUUUAAGAAAUGAAGUGACUGUUCCCCAUGGUCCCAGUGGGUUAGACUCCUCUAUCCUCUGUUUUUAUAUAUAAAAAUAAUAAUUUAAAAAUGUUUGGCCUUGCAGUAGUGCAAGGGAUUUCUAUACUAAUUAGCAAUGAUUGCUAAGGAAACAAAGAAUGUAGUGGUGUAGAAGGGGAUUUUGUUUUUUUUUUUUUUUUUUUUAAGUUGAUGUUUCAGAGCCAAGUCUUUUCACACCUUCCACUUCAAGCUUUUAAAAGUGGAUGUUGACAAGCUGAUAUUUUUUUAAGAAAAAUUUUUUUUGAAAGACCAAGUAGAACGGCCUUACUCCGGGUGUCCGGAUCCAAAGGGGUUUGGUGGAGCGCGAGAACAGUCUCUGUUCAGUAACCGGCUGUCUGGUUCUCAAGGGCUCUCAAACCUUUAAACACCAAUUAACGUUACAAGACCGGCGAUUCGAAGGAAGAUCUGCUUGGGGACGACUAGAAACGUCUCUGGUGCAUCUUCCCUUCUCCCUCCCCUUUACCUCUGACUCUACCCAGCAGGUUACACUUUAUAGCUGAAGUAACUGUCUAUAUUAGACACUUUCUUAUCUUCCCUCCUAACUCAUAUUUUGUUUUCUUUUUGUUUGUUUUUUUACCAGGAGGAAAGAAAACCAAGUCUCAAUUUGUUUUUUUUCAUGAUUUACUAUUUAUGAAGUUGUAUUUAAGUGUUUUAUUCUGGGGAUAGUUAUUCAGUGAGUAGGGAAGUGGGAGUGGGUGGGGGGUGGCAUUUAUAUAUCAGAACUAUCAACCUCUGCUUUGUAAUGGUUUUUCAGACAAUUUUUUUUUUUUUGCGUUUAUAAGUGGCAGACAGUUUUAACGUCUUUUUAAAAACUCGAGUAGCUUUUCUCCAUCACGAAGGCUUCAGUUCCGUUGCCGACGGCUUGGCGAGUCGCACAGGAGCAGGGAGCAGCCGAAACGUCGCCCCUGGCUCCUGGGUGCGAUGAUCUCCUGCUGCGGUCCCCAGCGCCCCGGACAGAAACGCUGGAUGAAGGGAUUAGGAGCUGAGGGACCUCUCUUUUACUUUUCGUUUUCCUGCUCCAUGUUGACACCACUUCGAUUCCACGCAGCAGGAUCUGUUGCUCCUUUCUCGGUUCAGCAGGGAGGGACCUGCCCUGUCCAACACAUCCAUCUGGAACAACUCGUGCCGUGUCGUGAAUAUUGUCAUUUUAACUGUGUAACUUUUUUUUUUUUUUUUUUUUUUUUUUUUUGCCAUCAUCCACUGUUAAAAUGGAUAUUGAAAAAACAAAGCUGUCUCUUCUCAGCCCAUCUUGCACAGAGACGCAAUAUACGGUAUGCUACUAAACCCACAAAA